AUGGCGGAACAUAAUAACUCGGAUGACGCUGAUGCCGCGUUUCUCAACGCGCUCAAAGCCGAGCAGGAGAUGGCUGAAGCCGGGCAGAAAGCCAGCGAGCUCAGGGAGGAAUCUGAGCCGACCGGCGAUGGGCCGGGAGAGGGAGCGGGACAAGAGGCUACUUUUAGGGAACUAUCUGAUCAAGUUGAAGAAGACAAUCAUUUACAAAGUAACGAGUCGAAAGACACUUCGACUGCUGCUGCUGGUGCUACAUCUCUUCCCCUAGGUGUUGCUGUUGCAAGUCCCGACGACGGCCCCUCGAGCGUCAACGGCUCGGCAAUGGGUGAUUCUGCCACCCAACCUCUCCUGAAUGCAAACAUGGGCGCUGGUCCAAACACGCAAGAAUCGUCCGCAAUUUCCUCCCCUUCUGUUACUCCCGCUGGUGCUCCUGUCCCUGCUGAGAAUAAUAAUGAUUCUGCUCCGCACUCACUAUCCGUUACCACUCCCACUGUUGGUUCUAAUAAUAAUGAUUCCUUUCCUGUGUCGUUCGCCACCCCUGCUCCUGUCAAUGCCCCUUCUGCUGUUGUACCUGUUCAAAGCCCGGUUCACAAGGGGAAUGCGAGCAUUGCCAAUAAGAGGAAGAGGCUUCCACAGGACAUUGUAGGACAGCUUGAGGAUAGGAUUGCCGAGGAUCCUAGAGGAGACAUUGAUGCUUGGUUGGCUUUAAUUGAAGAACAUAGGAAAAAGGGCAAAUUUGACGAUGUUAGAGCUGUUUACGAGAGGUUCUUUGUAGUAUUUCCAGCUGCGGUAGGUGUUUCCGCUAUGCCCAGUUCAUCUUUCGUGCAUCCAUGUACCGGUGAUAUGUGGAAGCUUGUGAUGUGCGAAAUCGCUUGCUAACUUUAUCACUUUUGUUUUAAUACAGGCCGACCAAUGGAUCUCCUACGUUAAGAUGGAACUGGCAAACAACGAGUUGCAACAUGUUGAGCGCAUCUUCCAGAGAUCUUUGUUUAAUGUCCCCAAUGUUGAGCUUUGGUCCAUGUACCUGGAUUAUAUCCGCCGCCGGAAUAAUCUGACCACAGAUACCGGAGGGAAAGCCCGGGCGGUUGUUAACCAAUCUUAUGAAUUUGUAUUGAACAAUGUCGGAUGUGACAGGGAAGCCGGCAGGAUUUGGACCGAAUACAUCCACUUUGUGAAGAGUGCGCCCGGAAAUGUAGGUGGCAGUGGCUGGCAAGACCAACAGAAGAUGGACUCCUUGCGGAAGGUAUACCAGAAAGCCGUUACCAUGCCCAUUCAAGGCGUCGAGCAGCUAUGGAGGGAGUAUGAUCAGUUCGAACAAGGUUUGAACAAGUUAACGGUAUUUGAGCCCCCCACGGGAACAAUCUGAUUCCUGGUGCGCUAACGUUGGGAUUUUGUAAAUGAUAAAGGCGAGAAAAUUUCUUCAAGAACGCUCCCCAAUGUUUAUGACUGCCAGAGGUUGUCUUAUCGAGUUAUCCAACAUCACUAAGGGCCUUAGGCGUGAUAAAUUGCCCCGUUUGCCGCCUGCGCCAGGAUAUGAAGGUUACGAGGAUUACACCAAGCAGGUUGAGCUGUGGAAGAAGUGGAUCCAGUGGGAAAAGGGCGAUCCCCUCGUUCUUGCCAAAGAAGAUCCCGCAAGCCUGAGUACAAGGAUUAUAUAUGUCUUUAAACAAGCUCUUAUGGCUUUGAGGUUUUGGCCGGAAAUCUGGUUUGAUGCCGCAGAGUGGUGCUUCGCGAAUGGAAUGGAUGACCAAGGAAUAGAUUUCCUCAACCAGGGAAUGGCUGCGAACCCGGAGAGUUGCCUUCUACACUUCAAGUACGCUGAGAGAUUGGAAGCAACCACCAUCAUUGAGGGUGGGGAGGAGGCGCUUAUACGAAAGGGUCAAUUGAUUAGAAAGCCUUACGAUGAUUUGCUCAACAUGUUAUACGAGCAGGUCCAGAAGAUUCAGCGAAAGGAGAAGGAAGAGCUCGCUCGGAUUGAAGACGCCUUCGAAUUAACCAACCCUCGUAAUGCGGAGGAUGACGACGAGGAUGAUGACCCCAGUACGGCUGCAAAUAGGGCAGCUAAGGAUACUCAAGUUGCGGCAUUGAGGGAGGGCACAAAGGCGCAGCUUCAGGUAAUGACAAAGACCAUCUCAGCUGUAUGGAUCAACCUGAUGCGCGCCAUGCGACGCGUUCAGGGCCAUGGCAAAGUGAAUGAGGCACUAGGUGGAAGUCGUCAGAUAUUUGCGGACGCAAGGAGGAGGGGCAAGAUUAAUAGCGAUGUGUAUGUAGCAAGUGCACUGAUUGAAUACCACUGCUACAAAGAUCCUGCUGCUUUGAAAAUCUUUGAGAGGGGGAUGAGGCUUUUUCCCGAAGAUGAGAAUUUUGCGCUGGAGUACUUGAAGCACUUGGUCGCUAUUAACGAUAUUACUAGUGAGUCUCAGUCCAUACACGGAUACUAAGCGUUCCCUAUCCUAACUGUUCUUAGAUGCAAGAGCCGUGUUUGAGACUUUUGUUGGCAGAGUGACGGCCGAAAAGGCUCGAAAGGUGUAUGAAUUCUUUUACGACUACGAAGCUCACUAUGGAGAGCUUGGCCAGGUUUACAAGAUGGAGAAACGCAUGAGCGAACUCUAUCCUACUGGUUUGUCAAAAUUCCUAUCAGGGUUCGUGAGAGCAUUACUGACCGAUAUCCUAGAUCCAUACAUCACUCGAUUCUCGAGCAGAUAUGCCUAUAAAGCCGUUGAUCCUUGCUCGUUCCUUGCCGUUGUCUCCCCGGCACAGCAAUGCAAGCCUAAAUCGCAGGCCAUAUCUCCACCGGCACCCGACCACCCUCGGGACGGCCGCGACUACCGGGACCAUCCUCAGGCUCCUCCGACUGCCCCAGCCAACGGCCGAACAAGUUCACCGAAACGGCCUGCGAAUGAAGAACUCUCAGACUCUUCCGAACACCAGAGGCCCAGAAAGCUCCAUCGGCCUGACUCUCCAUUGAAAGGUGCCGCAGGUCGAAGGCUGGAUCAACAGAAACGUGCCCAGCAGCAACAGCAACAGAUGAUGCAGAGCCGUGAUCGCAAUAUCCCCGAUCGGGACGAUGGUAUGCACAGAGGGCCCGGACGCGGAGGGUAUCAGCAAAACCAGAGGCAGCCUCAACAACACCAACCCCAGCAGAUGCAAAUGCACCAGCCGCCCGCCCCAACCCAGCUCCCCGACCUUAUCAUGUAUCUUUUGAGUAUUCUACCAGGCGCGGACAAGUACCAAGCGGCAAGAUUUAGACCGGAAGCCAUGGUUGGGCUUCUGGGCAAUAUUAAUUUGCCUAGGGAUGUGCAGGCGAAUAAUCGUGAGUCUGCCAGUCAUCAUCGUUCCGUCCCACAGCGUCCGAGACGACAGUAUUAA